AUGGAGAACGGACCAGAUGAAGGCCCCACCCGAACUGUAAAGAUCCUGAUGCGAACCAGUUUGGGAGAUCCAGUUCCUGAUCCCAUUCCUGAUCCCAUUCCUCAUCCCGUUCCUCAUCCCGUUCCUCAUCCCGUUCCUCAUCCCGUUCCUCAUCCCGUUCCUAAGUUUAGAACUCCCUAA